AUGGCGCUCAUGAGGUCAGGCUGGCUUUGGAGACAGACAUCUGUGCUGAAGCGCUGGAAGUUGAACUGGUGUGACCUAUGGGUGGAUGGCAGCCUUUGCUUCUACAAGAGCGAUAGUCGGCGAGAACUGGAGCACCGCGUCAACCUCAAAUUCACAUGUGUAGAUGUGCGCAGUGGCCUAGAGUGUCGAGGGGUGACGCCUCCUGAAACUAACCCCCAGGAGAAUAUCAUCGUUGUGCAGUUCAAGGACAGCUCAACAAUGAACCUCUGCGCUAACAGUGAGGACGAAUCUGUGGCGUGGAAACUGACAAUGCUUGAGACCAGGAGAAACUCGGUGUUUACGUAUGACCCCUACGAUGAUUCUUAUCAUGCCAUACCCCUGAACAAUUAUCACACAGUCUACCUGACACCCGGAGUAGGACCAGGUAGCACCCAUCAUGUGAUUGUUCAGAGAGACCCCUUCGACGGAGUGUUUGACCACCUCGCCAUGGGAUUACUGGCGGGCAUGGCGGCAGGUGCCGCCAUGCGCUCCUUCCUCUGGGCACCCAUGUUCUUCUGCUGA